AUGUUUGCCUGUGUAGAGUUCACAACUGGUUCCCCAGCAUUGAUGCGUGCUGGAUCAAGCAUCCUAUACAGAUCAAUUUCUGCAUCGAUAUUGUCUAGGCCAGAAGUCAGGACUGGCGAGGCCAACACAGCUCUCCUUACUGGGUCUCAGGAUAUUGGCAGUCAAUUGACACUAAGGAAGUUUCAUACUAGUGUUCUCAACAGGGACAUUGACACUGCUGCCAAAUGUAUUGGUGCUGGUGCUACUAUAGGAGGAGUGACUGGUUCUGGUGCUGAUAUUGGAACAGUCUUGGGGAGUCUAAUCAUUGGUUAUGCCAGAAAUCCUUCUCUGAAGCAGCAAUUAUUCUCGUAUGCUACUCUGGGAUUUGCCCUGUCUGCAGCCAUGGGUCUCUUCUGUCUGAUGGUUGCAUUCUUGAGCCUGUUUGCCAUGUGA